CCGCUCAUCAGUUUCUGAGAGGAUUUCGGCCCAUUUUGAGGCCUCCUCCAAUCUCAGGGGAGCCUUCAGGUCGAGUGUUCUUGAGGGAAGUGAGUUGAAAUCCUCCAGAGAGAUUUUUUUCCUCCAUCUCCACAAAAGGUGCCUGGAUAGGUAGAUGGAAAAAAGACGCCGCCUCUGGAAACACCGAAGUCUUUCCUUCUCCGAUACGCAUCAUCCCUGCCCUUCUCCCCGCCUCAGACGCGCUACUCUUUCCCGCUCUUUCGGGUACUGCUGACAUUUCGCGCAGAGUCCACCAGACAGCGCUCUCAGCCUCCGAAGGGAACUGGGCAUGCGCAUGACUCCUCCGCCAGGGCAGAACACCCGCGUUGCCCGGAGAAAUCGUAAGAAGCGGCUGAUCUUUCUCCUCCCCCCUCCCUCCGCUUAGAGGCGGGGGCGGGGCGUGGACGGGAGGCACAGAAACUGCCGGGAAUCUCUGCGGGGAGGCGGAGCGCGACGAGACUCCUGAUUUACACGAGUGGCGGCUCUACCCGUGCAAAGGGGUCACGCGGUGAAGGUGAGCGUGGAGACGGGCCAAGUCUUCCGCCCAGACGCAGAAACUAGAGUAAUGUCAACAACCUUCCUAACAACAAAAAGUUAACUCUUGGGCAAAGAGCUUGGAUAGCCUUUGGUCAGUCCUGCAGCUACCAGAAUAGUCCUAUGAAUUGAAAGGUGUUUGGAGAUCCACAAGAUUCCUCCGACCUAUCUGGAAUUUCCUUCCAGGACAGACGAAGGAUGCAGAAACAACGGUUAGGAAGUGGGGGAACUGGAAAAUGUCCCUCUGCUGUUGAGCCUGGCAGCUGUGGGAAGAUCUGGGCAAAAACUGAGAAGAGGUCCCUGGAGGAGAAAACCAUAAUCCGUUCAGAGAUUCAGCCCUGGAACUUCAGAAACAUCCAAUAUGAGGAGAUUGAUGGUCCCCGAGGACUUUGCAGCCGACUCCACAACCUUUAUACUCAAUGGCUGAGACCAGAAAAGCACACCAAAGCCCAGAUGUUGGACCUAGUAGUUCUGGAGCAGCUGCUGGCCCUUCUGCCCCCUCUGAUAGAAAACUGGUUGCGGGAAUGUGGAGCAGAGACCAGCUCCCAAGCGGUGGCCCUGGCGGAAGGCUUCCUCAUGAGUCAGGCAGAGGAGCAGAAGGAGCACGUUGAAUUGCAGACCAGAGAUCCUAGGAGAAUCGGGAAUCCAUCAAAUUCUCAGGAGCUGUUUUCCAGGAGGAUCUAUCAGGAAUCCGCAAGUCAGGACAUCUCAGAUGGGAAGAAUAGAACAAAUCUGACUCCUUUCUAUGGUGGUGCUGAAAGAGUGGUUGAAGUUCCAACUCAAGUAAGAGAGGAGGAUCUUGUGUCCUUUAAGGAGGUGGCUGUGUAUUUCUCCGAGGAUGAGUGGUCUCACCUGGAUGCUGACCAAAAAGCACUGCAUCGGGAAGUCAUGCUGGAAAAUCAUAGGAACGUGGCCUCUUUGGGUAAUAAUGGGGAGAAAAAUGAAGAUUCCAGGGAACUAUUCCAAGUAAUCACUCGUGGAUACAAUACGAAGAACCCUACAAUUCUAGCUGAAAUAGAAAGCCAUGAGAGAAACCAGUCAAAUAAUUGCAAUCAGGAAAGUUCAUCUUCUGUUCAUUUCCUGACUGAAGUUUCUGUGGCCCAACAAGGAAAAAUAAAAAACAAAUAUAUUGGAAAACAGAUAAAGGUAUUAAUAAACAAAUUAGAUGUAAAUAAAUACUAUCAAUCCCAAACCAAAGAUUAUAUAUAUACAGAGAAUGUAAAAAAUUACAAAUGGACCUUGUCUGUUCUUCAUAAAAAUGGGUCCCGUACAUCUCAAAAAAGAAUCCGCCCAGGAGAGAAACUCUAUAAAUGUGUGGAGUGUGGAAAGAGCUUUAUGAAAAACAAUCAACUUAUUUACCAUAAAAGGAUCCACAAAGUAGAGAAAACGUAUAAAUGCAUGGAGUGUGGGAAACGCUUUAUCAAGAUUAGUCAUCUUUUAAAUCAUAAAAUGAUCCACACAGGGGAAAGGCCUUAUAAAUGCAUGGAAUGUGGAAAGACCUUUAUUCAUAGAACUUAUCUUAAUUCACAUACCAGGAUCCACACAGGAGAGAAGCCCUAUAAAUGCGUGGAGUGCGGAAAGACGUUCACUUUUAGUACUUCUCUUACUUUGCAUUCCCGAAUCCAUACAGGGAAGAAGCCAUAUAAAUGCAUGGAGUGUGGAAAGAGCUUUACUCAGAGUGGCACUCUUACUUCCCAUAAAAGGACCCACACAGGGGAGAAGCCCUAUAAUUGCAUGGAAUGUGGAAAGAGCUUUACUAAGAGCAGCAGUUUUACUUCCCAUAAAAGGAUCCACACAGGGGAGAAGCCCUAUAAUUGCAUGGAAUGUGGAAAGAGCUUUACUAAGAGCAGCAGUUUUACUUCCCAUAAAAGGAUCCACAAGCAAAAGAUGUAUGAAUGCAAGGACGAUGGAAAGAACUUUAUUACAGACUGUCAACUUACAAGUCAUAAGAAGAUCCACAGAGAAGAGAAGCGGCAUGAAUGUAUGGAGUGUGGAAAGACCUUCAGUGCACAGAGAAAACUUAAUUUCCAUAAAAUGAUCCACACAGGGGAAAGGCCUUAUAAAUGCAUGGAGUGCGAAAAGACUUUUAUUCAGAGAACACAUCUUAAUUUACAUCAAAGGAUCCACACCGGAGAGAAGCCCUAUAAAUGCAUGGAGUGUGGAAAGAGCUUCUUAUACAGUAAUUCUCUUACUUCCCAUUACUGGAUCCAUACAGGGGAGAAGCCAUUUAAGUGCACAGAGUGUGGAAACACCUUCUGUCAAUAUUCUUCUCUUACUCUUCAUAAACGAAUCCACACAGGAGAGAAGCCCUAUAAAUGCAUGGAAUGUGGAAAGAGCUUUCCUAAGAACAGUGACCUUAUUUUCCAUAAAAGGAUCCACACAGAGGAAAAGCCAUAUAAAUGCAUGGAGUGUGGAAAGAGCUUUGUUAAGAACUGUCAACUUAUUUACCAUAAUAGGAUACAUACAGGGGAGAAGCCUUAUAAAUGCAUGGAGUGUGGUAAGGCUUUUAUUAGAAAUGGUAAUCUUAAUGUCCAUAAAAGGAUUCACACUGGGGAGAAGCCAUAUAAAUGCAUAGAAUGUGGGAAAAGUUUUUCUACGAAGAGUUAUCUUAACAUCCACAAAAGGAUCCACACAGGGGAGAAGCCAUAUAAAUGUGUGGUGUGUGGAAAAGGUUUUAUUACAAAGCAUUGUCUUAACUCCCAUAAAAAGACCCACAUGGUGUAGAAUUCCUGUAAAUCUGUGAAAUAUGGAAAAAGCUUCAAGAGGACCAAUGGCCGAAUGUUCCAUAUAUAGAUACCGUAUUUUCCUGCGUAUAAGACGACUUUCUAAACCAUGCAAAUCUUCUCCAAAGUCGGGGGUCAUCUUAUACGCCGAGUCGUCUUAUACGCCGGAAAAUACCGUAUUUUCCGGCGUAUAAGAUGACUUUCUAACCAUGCAAAUCUUCUCCAAAGUCGGGGGUCGUCUUAUACGCCAAGUCUUAUACACCGGAAAAUACAGUAUAUUUGGGUGAGAAUCUGUUUAACUGUUUAGUUAGGUUUAGUUGUUGAAAUAUAUUCAUUUUCUAAUUAUAUAUACUGAAUGAGUAAUGGGUUUUUUUUUUUUUUAGUCUGACUUUCACAACUGGAAGCCCCAGAGAGAUGAGUUUAUUAAUAGAAACCAAACACGAAUAGCGGAUUUUUGUAAUUACUGCCCAUUGAGGAUCAUUGGAAAGUCACCAAUGGCCUUUCACACGAAUAAGAAAACAUCUUUUUUCCCUCGUGUUUAUCUCAUUUUCAGUUGGAUCAUAAUAAAGAAAUCAUUGGUCAUGCUACCACCUGCAACACUCGUGACUUCAUCGAAGCCUUGCACUCCACAAGCAAUUCCAUCAAGAAUUGACCUAGAACCAGCCUACAAAGUCCUCAGAAUCCGAAUCAAUCAUACAUCCAAUUGGAGAGAGCACCAACCUUCAACCAACCCACAGAAGCCUCCUAUCCCUCCCCUAGCAGUUCCAGUGACCCUGGCUUGAUGUAAUCUCCCCAUCACAAGAUCCAUCACCAGCCUCUCCCUGAUGACUCACACUUGGCCCACUGAUAAUUAAUACCAUCCAAGGAUUCUGACCUGAAGUAACCUGCCCAUCACAAGCCUCUCUCUGAUGACUCAUCAUAAGACCCUCAUACCCACACCUGAAGCUCUUAUAAAUAGAAGAGCACUGACAUUCACUGAACGCUGCUGAAGAUGUUACCUAACAAAAUGUUUGGACACCAACCCAUAAGCUUGGAAAACGAACCUUCACCCUCAUAAUAAAGCCCAAAUCUCCAAUAAAAGCUCUAUAAUAGUUUAAUUUUUGAGGGCAAACAUAGGGCCUAGCGAGCAAAAUGUCAUUCCAGGCAUACUAUGGAAAAGGCAUAAAUCAGGAAAGACUUGUAAAAAUUAUAGCUAAAUAUGAAUGACCAAAAUAAGUGUGAUGCUAAAGAAGAUAUCUUAUGACUAGAACAGUUUAAUUGGCAAAUGUUUUGCAGUUAAGCUUUGUAUGGCUGUCCGUAGACAUUUUAUAAAGAAUUGCAAGAUGUUGAAAUGGAAA